GGUAGAUCAGAUCGAGCAUCCACCUAACCCAACCCAACCGAGCCGAGAGCCAGCGAAUCCAUGGCGGAAGCGGGAGUGCGCGUGCUGGAGCGCCUCCGCGUGCCGCCGGCGCCGCCGUGCCCGUCCGCGGACCUCCCCAUCACCUUCUUCGACGCCGCCUGGCUCUUCACCGGCCCUGUCGAGCGUCUCUUCUUCUACCGCCACGCUGACCCGGCCGCCGCGCUCCCGCUGCUCGCCGCCUCCCUGCCGCACGCGCUCGCCCGCUUCUUCCCGCUCGCCGGCACCCUCAACCCCGCCGCCCGCUGCCUCUCCUACUCCAGCGCCCACGACGCGCUCCACCUCCUCCUCGCCGAGUCCCAGGAGGACAACUUCGACCGCCUCGUCGCCGCCGGGCCCCGGGACCUGAGCCUGAUGCGCCCGCUCGUGCCCGCGCUGCCCCCGCCCGGAAAGGACGGCGCUUUCGCGCUCGUCGCCCUGCAGGCCACCGUGUUCCCCGGCCGCGGGGUCUGCCUCGGCGUCUCCGUCCACCACGCCGCCUGCGACGACGCCUCCGCCACGCUCUUCGUCCGGACCUGGGCCGCCGCGUGCCGCCUCGGGGGGCCCCUCAACGGUGCUGAUCCUUCACAGGCCGUGCCGCCGCCGCCCGUGCUCGACCGCUCCCUCGUCGCCGACCCCGACGACCUGCUCGGCAAGACGCUCGCCGGGAUGAGCCGCCUCGCGCCACCUCCUCCGCAAGCGCAGGGGCCUCCGCCUCCGUCUCCGGUGAUCGCGUCCUUCGCGCUGACGCGCGACCAGAUCGACGGCAUCAAGGGCGCCACGCACGCGUCGUCGUUCGUGGCGGCGUCGGCGCUGGCGUGGGUGUGCCUGCUGCGGAGCCGGUCCGCGGGCGUGGAAGGCGCGGCGCGCAGCCACAUGCUCUUCUCCGCCGAGUGCCGGUCGAGAGUGUCGCCGCCGCUCCCGGCCGAGUACUUGGGCAACUGCCUGCGCCCGUGCUUCGUGGAGGCCGCCACAGAUGAGCUCACGGGCGGCACGGGCGGCGUGGCCGCGGCUGCGGCGGCCAUCGGAUCGGCGAUCAGGGAGAUGGAGCGGGGCGUGCUGGAGGGCGCGGAGGGGUGGCUGGGGCAGGUGAUGUCGGUGCUGCCGCAGCGGCCCAUGUCGGUGGGCGGGUCGCCGAGGCACGGCGUGUACGGGGGCACGGACUUCGGCUGGGGCGCGCCGUGCAGGGUGGACAUGGUGUCCAUCGAGAAGACCCCCGGGACGGUGUCGCUGGCCGAGAGCCCUGACGGGCAGGGCGGCGUCGAGGUCGGCGUGGUGCUGCCGCCGGACAUCAUGGAAGCCUUCGCCUCCUGCUUCGCCGAGCUCCUCAACGACAAGAAGAGCGUCUGACCGGCAUCGCAUCGCCCGUGUGUCCGUAUGUGUGUGUGUGUGUGUGUGUUGACCACGAGCUGGCUUUUGCUCUUGUGACAAUACUGUACUGUCGCUGUGUCAAAUUUAAAACGGGAUUAUAUGGAGUAUGUUGUUUUCAAAUUCAAA